UCUGUUCCCAGCCGAGCCUAGGGUGCUAGAAGGGAAAGAAUGGCGAUGCUCUCGUCUCCCAAGCCCUCGGGAUGCGAAGGGUUAACGCAGGUGGCCGCGCAGAAGCCCCCAACACCGCUAGAGGGACCAACCAUCGCAGCACCGCCGGGCGGCUCGCGGUCACGCGGGAGCGAGGGCGGGACCAAGCCAGGAGCCCACCAAUAGGCUGUGCUGUCCGUGGGCGUGCUAGCCAAUAGGAGGAAGGAAAGGGGUCCCAGGACUACGAAGAAACGGCGGCCGGGAGGGGACUACUGGGACAUGGGGCUUCUGACCAUUCUGAAGAAGAUGAAGCAGAAAGAGCGGGAGCUGCGACUACUCAUGCUUGGCCUGGACAAUGCUGGCAAAACAACCAUCCUCAAAAAGUUCAAUGGGGAAGACAUUGACACCAUCUCCCCGACGCUGGGCUUCAACAUCAAGACCCUGGAGCACCGAGGAUUCAAGCUGAACAUCUGGGAUGUGGGUGGCCAGAAGUCCCUGCGGUCCUACUGGCGGAACUACUUUGAGAGCACCGACGGCCUCAUCUGGGUGGUGGACAGCGCCGACCGCCAGCGCAUGCAGGACUGCCAGAGGGAGCUCCAGAACCUGUUGGUGGAGGAGCGCCUGGCCGGAGCGACUCUCCUCAUCUUUGCCAACAAGCAGGACCUGCCUGGAGCACUGUCCUCUAAUGCCAUCCGCGAGGUCCUGGAGCUGGACUCCAUCCACAGCCACCACUGGUGCAUCCAAGGCUGCAGCGCCGUCACUGGGGAGAACCUGCUGCCCGGCAUCGACUGGCUCCUGGACGACAUCUCCAGCCGCAUCUUCAUGGCCGACUGAGCCGCUCAAGAUGCCCCCCAGCUCACAGCCCAGGCGCCCCCACCAGGCCCUCACCAAGCACCAUCCAUGGGGGGAUGGGAGUCAGCCAGCCCAACUAACACCUCCUGUCCCCCUCCAUAACCUGCUGCUGCUACUGCUGCCCCCUGCUGCUCUGUGGCCAGCCAGCAGGAGGGCUGCCACCCUGGCUGUCACCCUGACUCCCAACCCAGCCUGCCUGCAGCCGCCGUACCAAGAGGAGAGGGCUGGGGCUGGGAGGGGGCUGCCUCCGCUGCUAUCAAGGCUGUGGGCCUCGCCAUUCGAUUAGCUGUGAGAAUAAAUUGUUCCUUGCUCCCA